AACUUCGAUUCAACUGCGGCUCGGCCGACUUGUGCGGAGACACGCUGCGCACCCGAGCCUCCGAUUUGCGCAUACAUAUGGGCUCGUAGUCAGCUGCGACGCCGGGCCUGGGAAUAUGUCGGGACGCGAUGGUCUCUUGAGUCUGAAGGCCGGGGACGCUUGACUGCGUAUCGAGUAUCUUCCACCGUGACAGACCACGGGCAUGGCAUGCCUUCGUUCCACGUGGCUCACGAGCGAUAAAUCGGACCGCUCGUCUGCGACUCGGACAGGCCUCUUCGUAUUUCGCACGACUCACCGUUGCAAGUUCGUCGUGAGCAACACUGGCGCCGCCCUUGCUCUUCCACUGGCGAGGCUCGCGGGUUUUCCUCGUCUUAAUGAGUUGUCUUCCAUCGUUGGUUGGCCCGAUCGCGAAGGCACGCGAGAGCUACGAUGCCUUGAAGCGGGCGAACGUUCCGGUAUGCGAUUUUCCCAUGUAUAUCGAGAGGUAUCGCCAAAUCUGUGGUCCUCAUCACCCAAAGUCAAUGUUCAAUGUUCAACGCUCAAGUACAUUCUUCACGGCCCUUGUGCCAUCGCAAUUGCAUCCCUAGGCCUUCGGACUCAGCCGUCUCGACUCGUCGCCCGUGGCUCAAGCCCUCUCCGCACCUGUAUGGACGCGCGAGCCGCGAACCAUGCCUCAUGCGACACGGGGUUCGCCUACAGCCAACAAGCACCCAAUCUCCAAGCUCUGCUACCAGUCAACUCCGAGUCUACUACUGUAGUGGAGUUGUGGUGCGCCGGAUCCGAUCGAGUGCUGCGUCCCCUCCGCUGGACUGGAACAAGACGCCAUGAACAACAACGACUGGCCACUUGGUCGCACCCACGACAAGAGCCUGCGAGGGUCUCCUGAUCAGUGGGGUGGCCGCGAUAAGGGAUGUUCACCCACUCGCGAGUGUCUGGCACCGCAUGGAUAAUAA